AUGGCUAGACAAUUCAAGAUUCCUCCCCAUGAUCGUUUCCUAGGCCAAGCGACUAGCAUAUCCUUUCACAUUGGGACGACUAACAAGAUAGUGAAAGAGAAACUUACUCCCACUAAGCUUGCCCUCUUCAGGAAGAUGGUAUUUGGGCGAUUCGUGGACAUGGACAUUAUUUUCAACAGUCCAUUGGUCCAUUACAUUCUGUUGAGGGAGGUUGAAGACGAUAGGAAGGAUGCAAUGACAUUUAAUUUGAAUGGUAUGGUUGUAACAUUCACAAAAGAAGACUUCCUAUUGGUGACGGGAUUGUGGCGGUCACUGCAUAGUAGGUGCUUCAAGAAUGAUUUUGUGGGAGACAUUCAUAUUGAUACCUUAGAGACAGUGUACAAAGAGAUGGAGUUUGAGAAUGACAUGGAUGCUAUGAAGAUGACAUUGGUCUAUUACACUGAAUUGGGUAUGAUGGGAAGGGAGAAGACGAAGGCCAAUGUCGACAAGACCUUAUUAAUUGAUGUGGAGGAUUUAGAUUACUUCAAUUCCUUGGAUUGGAGAAAUGUGUUAUGGGAGAGGAAGUUACUUGGACUACAAAGAGGAUUUAGUGGUAAGGCAAAGAACUACUAA